UGUGAACCAACAGUCUCUCCACAGCGCUGGGCUUCAGGAUGUUAUUUUUUUCGCUGAGAACAGAAAUGUUCUUUAUUUAGGCUACCUGGCCUCUUCAGAGAAGGUCUGCAUUUGCAUAUUAAUUCAUUUCAAGACGAGAUGUUAAUACAACAACCCGUGGUGGAUUGUUAGGCAGCAUCCGAUUAUUGAAUAGCAUUUGUUGGCUGCAGCUGUAUGCGACGGGAGACAACGUGCCAGAGGUGACUGCAUCUCAUCGCAGCAUUUAUUGAUAGACCAAGGGGGACUGAUGACAAUAACAAUUUCAGAUAGUAUUUAAUUGUGCUCGUCUACAACACAUACAGGUUAUCUACCUCGAGAAAUGCGUGCUUGCAGAACGCAUUAGCAGAAGAUGGAACAACAAUGACUUUUUUCAUAUAGAUCUCUGAAAGCUAUAGCCCAUGUGUAUGCCUAGCUUAAAGCAGGUCCCUCUUAUUGGACUUCUCAUUCACUAGUGCGUAAAAUGGGCAACAGUUUUUCUAACAUAGCUGCUUUUCAGUCCCUGCAUAUUGUUAUGCUGGGUUUAGAUUCUGCCGGUAAAACGACUGUUCUGUACCGCCUGAAAUUCAACGAAUUUGUGAACACUGUUCCCACAAUCGGAUUUAACACCGAGAGGAUAAAACUGAGUAACGGUACCGCCAAAGGGAUUAGUUGUCAUUUUUGGGACGUCGGGGGACAGGAGAAGCUGAGACCGUUGUGGAAAUCCUACAGUCGGUGCACGGAUGGCAUAAUUUACGUAGUGGACUCAGUGGACGUGGACAGACUAGAGGAAGCCAAAACAGAACUGCAUAAAGUUACCAAAUUCGCAGAAAACCAGGGGACUCCAUUACUGGUGAUAGCCAACAAGCAGGACUUGCCCAAGUCUCUACCGGUCCAUGAGAUUGAGAAGCAACUGGCACUGCACGAGCUCAGCCCUUCUACCACCUACCAUGUCCAGCCUGCAUGUGCCAUCAUAGGUGAAGGUCUCCAUGAAGGCAUGGAUAAACUGUAUGAAAUGAUUGUGAAACGAAGGAAAUCAUUGAAACAAAAGAAAAAGAGAUAAAAACUCAUUACUGUGAAGUUGACCGCUAUCUUCUGAGCUGCCUGCUACUGUACCGUGACUUUUGCUAUAGUGGGCAUGUCAGGUGAUUCUUGUUAUGAUCCACUGUAUAGCUUUGGGUUUAUUGGUGAAGCUAGUCACUUUUAGCUGUGCUGUUACAUUCAAUUACACAGAGGGAGGAAAAUAAAAACUUGCCUCUUGCUAUCAGAACUGUCCUUGACAGGCUGGUACCUGUUUGUUGCUGCGUCACAGUAUUUUCUUGUCAAUACUUUUUUUCUCCUGAAGAGUGCAUGGCCUACACAGCACUUUUUGACAGACUGGAGUAGCCCACAUUAUUUCCUGAUUGGAAUGAACGUCAUUAAUCAAUAUGCUUAUAAUUUUAUUUUCCCACUGCGAGCUCUGUUUAUGUUACUAACACAUUGAGAGAGACCGUCCAUUUCUUUCUAAUAUUUCCUCUGCUCAUUUGAUAACUGGGAAAACAGUGCUGUUUUAUAGUAGAAUACAAUAGCCUAUAUUGGGGUUAAGGUGUCUUUCGAAUAUAGAAGCCUAUUCAUAUAUUGCACGUUUCACCACAAUAUUAUUUGGAACGUUUGUUUUAUGACUGAUGCCCAUUCUACUUAAUGCAGUGCCGAUGAAGAUUUAGUCUGAAGUGCAUUACUGUGGCUUGGAAACACGAUUAUAUUCCGAAAGGAGGCUAAUAAUUAGUAGGACAAGCUUUUGUCAUUAUUGUUAUGUCGCCAGAUUGACUUUAGAUGCAGUAUAACUUUAGCUAGCUAAGAUUGAGGGGAGAGUGCAACAUUUUUGCUAGCUAACAUUAGCAUUGGUACCUAUUUCUGACAAACUUUGCUAUCUCACGGCAACAUUGUCAUCUCUCUCAAGUAAACUUGACGCCAUCAUAAUGAUGGCAAAGUUGUUUUCUACUAAUUAUUUGUCUUCUUCAGCAACAUCAUCGGAUUUCCAGGCCACUAUAGUGUAAUUUUAAUGAAACAGUAAUUAGCCCCCACUCAGAAAGUCUGGGACUGCAGUCCAAACACUUAAAAGACACAUCAUCAUUCACUUACUUUCGCCUUACAGGCUGACUACACCGCACGCGUCGCGUUGCAAAAAUACAUUUAAAAAUCUAUAUUAUUAAAUUAUUACGCCAACGAGCAUCUGCGUUGCCAAGGGCUAAAAUAGAAAUCAGUUAUAUUUGUGACGCAGAUCGUGCUGCAAGUCCUGCCUCUCCCAUCUCCUCAUUGGUUUAUAGAAGCAGGUACCCACGUGCCAUCUCCUCAUUGGUUAUACCCAUAUGGGUGACUGAAAGACGAACUAGGUCAGUGGCGGUAAUACACCUAAUUUAUGAAAGUUGCCAAUCUCAAUAUAAAGUCCAUAGAAGAAAAAGCUUAGAA